AUGAAGAGUGUGGAGUACAAACUUGCACGUCUCGAGGAGCAGAAUGCGUCUCUCCGACAAAAGCUGCGGCACCAAGAGAACGAGAUCAGCCGGCUCUCCGUGCGGGAAUCGCAGCUGAAAGAGGCGCGGCGAAUGCCUCUGCUUCAGAAGCGACUCAACACGGCACUCACAGAGCGCGAGGAACUCGAGUGUCAACUGGCCGAGACGCGCGGAAGGGAGGCGAGACUCUCUGACGAAGUCAAACUUCUGCGGAUGUUCAUCAAAAUAAGUGAAAACCCGGAAAUUGCGGAGACGGCGCGUCAGUACGUCUGUCAUGAGCGUAUCCAAGUGGAGUUGAAGGUGCUGGGUGAGCAGCUACGCUCCAUUGCCACCGAACGUGAUGAGUACAAGAAACGGGUACUUCUUUCCUGUGAAGAGGCAGAGUGCUAUCGCGAGAAGUGGAAUGCGUCACUUGAAGAAAAGAGGAAGUUGGAGGAAUACAUAAAAAAAUUAGUUGCGGAGCAGCCGCUGGUCCCAACGGUGAUUCCUUCACCCAGUUGCAGAAUGGUUGAGCGAUGUGCUUCCUGUGGAGCGGACACAGCAACAAGAAAAACAAACGAAGAUUUUGACCUCGAUGAAAUGCAGUAUCUUCGGCGAAGUCUUGAAGAAGAAAAGGCUCGCAGCGAAGCUCUGCAAGAAACCAUAGAUGCAUUGUACGAACAGCAACGGGGACAACGUAGAUCCUGUUCACUAGAGCGUCGUAUUACUAGUCCUCCGGCAUCUGGCAGCGAGCCGGACAUUGCCGGAAAAGAUGGGACGAGUGCAGGCAUAUACACCUUACGUCAGAAACUUGAUUUUGUGGAGAGUGAGUGUAGGUUGGUAAAGAAUAGGUGGCAUGCUCUCAGGGAGCAAAAUAAGAUACUCUUGUCGCGUAUUUCGGAACUGGAACACACGGAGGCUGCAGGACGCGGUCAAAUUCAGCAACUGUCAGGCGAGUGUGAACAGUUGAGACGUGAACUCGAAUUUGUUCUACAGGCGAGAACAUUAAUUGCAUGCCAUCACGAUGAGCCAAUAGACAAUGAGGCCCCCAAAGCAAAAAACGGCUUGACUCCGUGA